AAGGCCUUCCGGCGACGGGGCGACGGCGAGCUGAGUGUCCUUUGGCCGUGGAGGGGCGCCGCGGAGCGGGCUGGAGCCUGGGGACACACAGGGCCGCGGUGAGCCCCAGAGACCCUCCCCAGCCUGCCUCCCGGAGCCCCGGCUCCUGCCACGUCCCAAGGCCGCUGGCCUCCGCCCCCACCCCACCCCCGCCCCCACCGCCCCGACAGUCCGGGACCGCGCUGCGGCACAGACACCCCCUCUCCCAAGCCCGCCUUCCUGAGGACCACCCUUUGGAAGACGGAGGCCUCCUCACUCCCCACUGACAGGCCCCUCUGCUGAGCAAGGCUUUCCAUGGAGGAUGCCAGUGAGGACCCCACCAUAUUCACUGCCCGUUCUCUGCCCAGCGACCCCCGGCUCUUGGCCACCAUGACCAACACAUACCUGGGCACACGUGUGUAUCAUGACACACUGCAUGUAAGUGGCGUGUACAAUGGGGCUAGCGGGGACACACACCGGGCCGUUCUGCCAAGUCCCCUCAAUGUCCAGCUGGAGGUCCCUGGAGACACAGGAGAUCAGCUGACAGAGACCUUUGUCCUGGACACUAACACAGGCUCCUUUCUGCACACCCUAGAGAGCCCCAGCUUCCGGGCCUCCCAGCGCAUCUACGCCCACCGCGCGCUGCCUCACGUCAUGGCGUUCAGUGUGUCCAUCUCCCGUGUGGCCGUGGGGGACGGCCCUGUCACGGUGCUGCUACGGUCCACCUUCUCCCCAAAAAGCCCAGACCUGGACCUGCAUCUGGGUCCUGACUUCCAAGGAGCCCGGUAUCUUUAUGGCCGCACGCUAACCCCGGAGCAACCUGGGGGUUCCCAGCAGGAGGUACACAUGCUGUGGACACCAGUGCCCCCAGCCCUGACGCUUGGGGAGAGAGAGCAAGACCGGACCUGGGAGUUCCUGACCGUGGUGGGGGGCAGCCAGGCUGAGGCCCGAGCCUGCCUUACCGAGGCCCUGCGGCUGCAGGCAGGAGGCGCUCUGUACCCCGCCCAUGCCCAGGCCUGGGCCCAGCUCUGGGCUGGCUGUGGCCUGGAUGUGCUAGGGCCCCUAGCCCUGCGCCAGGCCUUGCGUGGUGCCCUCUAUUACCUGCUCAGUGCACUGCCCCAGCCCGGGGCCCCAGGAUACACCUGCCACGGCCUCAGCCCUGGGGGCCUGUCCAACGGGAGCCGAGAGGAAUGCUACUGGGGCCACGUCUUCUGGGACCAGGAUCUCUGGAUGUUCCCAAACAUCCUGAUGUUCCACCCAGAGGCCGCCAGGGCCCUCCUGGAGUACCGUGUCCGGACCCUGGGCGGGGCCCUAGACAAUGCCCGGAAGCUGGGUUACCAGGGAGCCAAGUUUGCCUGGGAGAGUGCGGGUUCUGGUCUGGAGGUCUGCCCUGAGGACAUUUAUGGGACGCAGGAGAUUCACAUCAAUGGAGCCGUAGCAUUGGCCUUCGAGCUGUACUACCAUGCCACCCAGGACAUGCAGCUCUUCCGGGAGGCUGGUGGCUGGGAUGUGGUCAGGGCUGUGGCUGAGUUUUGGUGCAGCCGUGUGGAGUGGAGCCCUGAGGAGGGAACGUACCACCUGAAGGGAGUCAUGCCUCCCGACGAAUACCAUUCAGGAGUCAACAACUCCGUGUACACCAACGUGCUGGUCCAGAACAGGUCAGACCAAAACCCCUGGCCAAAGCUCCACCACGCAGAGGCCCAGCUGGGAGGGCUCAGGCCAUACCCUCUCCCUGCCUCUGCCCCAGCCUGCGCUUUGCUGCUGCCCUGGCCCAGGACCUGGGUCAGCCUGUCCCCAGCGAGUGGCUGGUGGUGGCCGAUAAGAUCAAGGUGCCCUUUGACCCGAGGCAGAACUUCCACCCUGAGUUUGACGGGUACCAGCCUGGUGAGUGCACUGGGAGCUACCUCAGCGCCCCUUCACGCCUCCCACGGGAUCUGUGUCCGCCCUGGCCGUCCCCUACCUGAGGGAGCAGCCCCCCUUCCUGCUCCCACCCGCGUCGGCAGCACCCGUCCCUCCCCAGGAGAGGAGGUGAAACAGGCUGACGUCGUGCUCCUGGGUUACCCCGUCCCUUUCCACCUGAGUCCUCACAUUCGCAGGAAGAACCUGGAGAUUUAUGAGGCUGUGACAUCUCCAAGAGGCCCUGCCAUGACCUGGAGCAUGUUUGCCGUGGGCUGGAUGGAGCUGAAGGACCCCUGGCGGGCGCGGGACCUCCUGGAAAGAUGCUUUGCCCACAUAGCUGAGCCCUUCAAGGUGUGGACGGAGAAUGCAGACGGGUCGGGCGCCGUGAACUUCCUGACAGGCAUGGGGGGCUUCCUGCAAGCGGCCCUCUUUGGAUUCACAGGGUUCAGGAUCACCAGCGCUGGCGUGACCUUCGACCCCAUAUGUCUGGCUGGGGUGUCUGGAGUGUGCAUCUGUGGCCUCUCUUACCAGGGGAACAAGCUGGACUUCUCCUUCUCCAAGGGCUGUGUGACAGUUGAGGUCAAAGCCCGGGCGGGACCCUGGGCCCCACCCCUGGAGGCUGAGCUGUGGCCAGCACACACUCGCCUCCCCCUGCUCCCAGGGCACAAAGUCUCCUUUCCCUGCUCAGCUGGACGGAUACAAAGGUCAGCCCCAGAGGCGGCAAGUUCUGCUCCAAGAGUUUCCUAGGAGAGUUUUUGAAGAUGCUAGGCACCGGCCCCAAAGCCACAGGAACCCCGUGGGACGCGGCUGGGUCCUCCAUCCCCACCAGGGCCCUCACCCUGGCGCUGUCGUGGGUCGUGAGCCCUGCACCUGAACAACCUGGGCUGCGGGGCUGUCUCCUGGGUCCUGGGAUCUGGCCUCCCUCUGUGGGUACCCCCAGCCGGCUGCAGCCAGCCCCCACCCUCAGGGCCUGCUGGUCCCCUUCCUCCCACCCACUCCCCACCUGGCAGCCCGGCUCACAGGCUCCAAGGAAAGUCUGAGUUCAUUGGCCCCAAGUUGAGGAUGGUCCGCCUCUAGCCUGAGCCCCCCCCCACCCUAACCCUCCCUGGCCUGCAGCUUCCUCGUGGCCUCCCACUCAGCCACAUCUGCGCCUGCCUGUCUGGGCUGACACCUGCACCUGUACCUUCCCCAGGACACCCCAGGGUGGGGCCAGGGUGUGGUGGACGCUCUCCGGAGAAGGCAGAAAUGGGCAGGGUAGCCAGGCGGGGAGCCUGAGGCACGGUCCCCCGUGGGUUCCCUGGGACUCUCAGUUACAGACCAGAAAGCAACUUCAUGUGUCAUACAGACGAGGUCAGGCAUGGCUGAAUCCAGGUGCACUCAGCUCCUCAGCCCAUGGCUCCUCCAGCCCUGCGGCAACUUCAGUGGGUCUCCGCCACGAGCCUUUCCUCAGCCAAGAAGAGAGGGGGCGGGGUGCAGAACAGGACCCCGCAUCUUCCCUCUGACCAGCCAGAAGGACUGGGGCCGAGGGUGCGUGGGUUGAAGGCCACCGGCCUGGGCCCAUCUGUCCAACAGGCUGCCUCUCCGCCUGGGGCCUCAGCCCCUUGGUUGACACGUCCCCCCGGGGUCUUUGGGGGUUUCUUGAGAAUGAGGUGAGAUGGUACCACUGCCAAGAUUUGGGCGAGGCCGCGCACCUGUGCCAAGUCUGCCUGAGGAAUUAAAAUCCCAUGCUGGGACAAGUGCGUCUGCGAUCGGGA